AUAAGACCAGAAUGAACAUCGGCUGAAGCUCAGAUCCAACCCUACAUUCGGCUACAACGCGGAAAACACAAGAAUGUCCCACGUGCCUUUUGUUGUGGUUCUUCUCCUCGUCAGAUGUCUACUGUCCUCAUCACUGGUGUUCCCCAAGGACAUGAGUCCCAUCAGAACCAUCGAUUCAGGAAGCACCAGAUCCUACCCGUUGUUUCGAGGACUGGCCAGCGAUGAGAACGCGGCACAUCUCGGCCUGGACUUCCAAAAGAUGGUCAGGCUCAACCAAACUUUGUUUGUGGCUGCAAGAGAUUACGUAUACACAAUCGAUCUCAGGAGAACAAAAGACGCCAUCUCCAGCGACAAGUAUAUAACAUGGAAGACGCAGAACAUGGACAACUGUGCCGUGCGGGGAAAACCACUGGACGAGUGCUACAACUAUAUUAAAGUUCUGGUAAUCAAGAAUGACCAAACCCUCAUCGCCUGCGGCACCAAUUCCUUCAACCCGAUAUGCCGAAACUACAAGAUCAAAACCUUGGAGCAGGAAGGCGAAGAGUUUAACGGCCAAGCGCGGUGCCCCUUUGACGCCAAGCAAACCAACGUGGCCCUCUUUGCAGAACCGCAUUUCAUCCACGCCGUGGACUACGGGAACUUCGUGUAUUUCUUCUUCCGGGAGAUCUCCAUGGAGUACACCACCCUGGGCAAGGUGACCUUCUCUCGGGUGGCCAGAGUGUGCAAGAACGACAUGGGCGGCUCGCCCCGCGUCCUGGAGAAGUACUGGACCUCCUUCCUGAAAGCCCGGCUCAACUGCUCCGUCCCGGGAGACGCCUUCUUCUACUUCGACGUCCUCCAGUCCAUGAGCGACAUCCUCGCCAUCAACAACCGGCCGGCCGUCAUUGGAGUGUUCACCACCCAGGCCAACAGUAUCACCGGCUCAGGAGUCUGUGCCUUCUACAUGGACGACAUCGAGAAGGUCUUCAACGGAAAGUUCAAAGAGCAAAAGACCACCGAAUCGGCUUGGACCCCCAUUCCAGAAGACAAGGUCCCCGUGCCCAGGCCUGGUAGCUGUGCGGGGUCUGGAAACGCCGCCUCCUACAAAGCCUCCACGGAGUUCCCGGAUGAGACCCUCUCCUUCAUCAAAUCCUACCCUCUCCUGGACGAGGCUGUGCCUUCUAUAACGGAGACGCCGUGGUUCACAAAGACGACCAGCAGGUACAAAUUGACCCAAAUUGCCGCCGACACGUCAGCCGGCCCGUACGGAAACUACACGGUCCUGUUCCUCGGCUCGGAGGACGGGAAGGUGCUGAAGGUCUUGACCGGCACAACGGAGAACUCCACCGUGGAGACGGCUCUCUUGGAGGAGAUUAAUGUCUACAGCCAAGAUAGGUGCGGGGUGAAGGCGGAGGACGGCAAGAUUUUGGGGCUGCAGGUGGACCGCGAAAACCACGCCUUGUUCGUCGCCUUCUCCAGCUGCAUCGUCCGCGUCCCUCUGAGCCGCUGCGAAAGCUUCGGGACCUGCAGACGGAGCUGCCUGACCUCCAGGGACCCGUACUGCGUGUGGUUGAAAUCGGGGACCUGCGCCAACUUUCGGGGAGACCCAAGGGCUGGAUUUGAGCAAGAAGUUGAACAGACAAAGCACCGGGGGAACUGCCAAGGUGAGUCUGAAGCCUUCACCAAGUUGACCCGUGUGUGCUCCAUCAUCCACAAACAGUAUUCGAGUGAAGUUCCCACCAAUGGACAGGGCCACCAUGGUGAAAUCACCGCCAAUAAAAGAUUUCUUUCAAUGAACCUGUGGCUACUAUCAGCUGCAGCCUUCACCAAGUUGACCUAUGUGUGCUCCAUCAUCAAUAUACAGAAGUUUUUCAGAGAAGCUCCCCUCAUUGGACAGGGCCACCAUUCAAUGAACAUGUGGCUACAAUCAGCUGAAGCCUUCACCCUGUUGACCUAUGUGUGCUCCAUCAUCAACAUACAGCGGUAUUCGAGAGAUGCUCCCCUCAUUGGACAGGGCCACCAUGGUGAAAUCACCGCCAUUAAAUGGUUUCUUUCGAUCAACCUGUGGCUACAAUCAGCUGAAGCCUUCACCAAGUGGACUUGUUUGUGCGCCAUCAUCAAUAUACAGAAGUAUACAAGAGAAGCUCCCCUCACUGGACAGGGCCACCAUGGUGAAAUCACCGCCAAUAAAAGGUUUAUUUCGAUGAACCCGUGGCUACAAUCAGCUGAAGCCUCCACCAUGUUGACCUAUGUGUGCUCCAUCAUCAACAUACAGCAGUAUUCGAGAGAUGCUCCCCUCACUGGACAGGGCCACCAUGGUGAAAUCACCGCCAAUAAAAGGUUUCUUUCGAUGAACCUGUGGCUACAAUCAGCUGGAGCCUUCACCAAGUGGACUUGUAUGACUUCCAUAAAGAUUCUCACUCUACAUGGCUGGAGGGAACGGAUGAGGCUCCUCGGCAUGCAGGCGCUUCUACAGACAUUGAUCAUUGUUUCCUUGGUGGUAACCAACAUCAUUGUUUCCUUGGUGGUAACCAACAUCAUUGUUUCCUUGGUGGUAACCAAGAUCAUUGUUUCCUUGGUGGUAACCAACAUCAUUGUUUCCUUGGUGGUAACCAACAUCAUUGUUUCCUUGGUGGUAACCAAGAUCAUUGUUUCCUUGGUGGUAACCAAGAUCAUCGUUUCCUUGGUGGUAACCAACAUCAUUGUUUCCUUGGUGAUCAUUGUUUCCUUGGUGGUAACCAACAUCAUUGUUUCCUUGGUGGUAACCAAGAUCAUUGUUUCCUUGGUGGUAACCAAGAUCAUCGUUUCCUUGGUGGUAACCAACAUCAUUGUUUCCUUGGUGAUCAUUGUUUCCUUGGUGGUAACCAAGAUCAUUGUUUCCUUGGUGGUAACCAAGAUCAUUGUUUCCUUGGUGGUAACCAAGAUCAUUGUUUCCUUGGUGGUAACCAAGAUCAUUGUUUCUUUGGUGGUACCCAAGAUCAUAGUUUCCUUGGUGGUAACCAAGAUCAUUGUUUCUUUGGUGGUACCCAAGAUCAUUGUUUCCUUGGUGGUAACCAAGAUCAUAAUUUUGGAUUCAUCGGCAUUGCCAGGCUCUUUUGCCGGAAGGUCUUUGUUAUCACCUUCCGGUGUUGGGGGGGUGAAAGGUGAAUUUGAAUGCACGGUCUGCUUUAAGCAGGAGAAACCAGAAGGUGUGCGGCAGGAAGCUGCGGGCAACGAGUCCACCAAGACGGUUCAUUUCACGUUCCUCAUUGGAUGCGUCUUCGUAGCCUUCGUGAUAGGAGCCAUCUUUUCGGGCCUUUUUGUGUCCUGCUACUGCAACCACAUGUUUCAGAAGAACAAGCACAUUGGCAAGGAUCCAGAAUCCAAUCUACAACGACCUCUAUCCCUGAGGAGCCUGGCAAAGAUGAAUGGACUUUUAGACACCCAGUCAAAGGAAGGAAUGGAAGCAACCUCACCAAAGCUCUACACCACCCUACUGCAUGGAGACAAAGAGCAGCAAGCGGAAACAACCAAAACCGGAUCAAAAGACCAUCCUGAAUUAUCCGGGCUCCCCACCCCGGAAUCCACUCCAGAGUUGCCAAUGAAGAAUCUGAAAGCCUUCAAAAACCAAUGGGAAAGAAAUCAGAACUGUAAUAACGCCAAAGAAAUCCAAAGCAAGAGUCCGGUUUUUCAUUUUCCCGUCUCAAAUUCCCAGGUCUUUCAGUUCCCUAGCACCGUUGCCUUCCCGAGCAGCAUGCAUGGGUACGAUCAGCCUCUUUCUAGCUAUGCAGAUGAUAAGAAGAUACCCAACUCCGAAAGGGCUCUGAUUCGUCAUUCACAGUGCUAUCUUCCCAAAGGGGUUGAGGUGACAACUCUAGAUGAACUUCUCAAACAUCUCCCAGAAGGUGGGGGCUCACCGAGAAAAAUGUCCGGUAUGAUGGCUAUCAGCCCUCAAGCUAUCAGCCCUCAUUCAUCCUUGUCAUUCAUGAACAGGGUCCAGCCCCAAAUUCCCGACACCGAAAGCGCACCUUAUUACAGCUCCUCAACUCUUCCGAGAGACAGUCUGCCCAGAAGAUUGGACAUCCCACCAGAUGUCAAUCCUCAAUCCUGUGUUGAGAAACAGUCAAGGCACCCCUCUCAAAGACAUUCCCUAUCCUCUGGGCACAAACUUAUGAACAUAGGCCCAGGACCACUGGUUUCCAGGCAACAUAGCCUUGGUCAAGGAACCAGACAACAUCCUCCACCACUUCUCACAAGGAUGCACUCAACAGGCACCCCAGUGCCGAUGGAUAGCCACAAUGUCUAUAUCUCCCGCCAGCAUAGCUACACAGAGCAAACACCAAUGCAGAGGGGUAUGGUGAAAAGGACCUUGUCCUUGAGACCGGAAGUAUCAUCCGCCCCUGUGUUUCUCCCAUCCUCCCCCAUAAAGGAUGCAAACCAGUUUCAGUAUUAAUACACGUAUUUGGCUGCUCUACCAACCAAAAGGACACUUAAGACGUCUCUAAACUCAGUUGACAAAAAUGUGAAAAAA